AGCCAAAAGGGUCCCAUCAUCCAUCGCAGAUUUACCCUUUCCUCUUCCGACGAGUCAGCACCAGCACAUAACUACCCAUCUCUCUCUAUCUCUCUUUCUGUGACUGCCGGAAAAUCUUGCACUGAGCAGAUCGGCGAUGGUUUCUCCCGAGAACACCAAUUGGCUCUAUGAAAUUGGGUUCAUCGAAGAUAUUUCCGUUCCCGAUGCCAAUUUCUCUGGUCCUGCAUCUGGGUUUACCUGGCCAAUCCCCACCUUGACCGGGUCUUCUGGGGUUAGCUUGGAAAUGGAUGGUUCACUUGGAGAUUCAGACAGACAUAAGGAAACUGGUUCAAAGAAAAGGGCUAGGCCUGAACCAUCUGCUGCACCCAGUUCUAAAGCUUGCAGGGAAAAACAACGAAGGGAUAGGCUAAAUGACAAGUUUACGGAGUUAGCUGCAGUACUUGAACCUGGAAGACCUCCCAAAAUGGAUAAAUCUGCAAUUUUGGUUGAUGCCAUUAGGACAGUCACCCAUUUGAGGGGCGAAGCUCAGAAGUUGAAGGACUCCAAGUCAAGCCUACAGGAGAGGAUCAAAGAACUGAAGGCUGAGAAGAAUGAGCUGCGCGAUGAGAAGCAAAGGUUGAAGGCAGAGAAAGAGACAAUGGAGUCUCAGCUGAAGAACAUGAAUGCACAGCCUCCCAACUUUCUACCUCAGCCCAACUUUCUACCUCAGCCUAAUUUUCUACACCAACCCAACUUUCUACCUCAGCCACCAUCAGCGGCAAUUCCAGCUGCGUUCGCUGUCCAAGGCCAAGCUGCGGGGGGGAACAAGCUGGUGCCGGUUAUUAGCUACCCAGCAGGAGUUGGUGUUGCCAUGUGGCAGUUCAUGCCUCCUGCUGCUGUUGACACAUCACAGGAUCAUGUACUUCGACCACCUGUUGCUUAGUUAGUGUUGUGUCGGGCUAGAACUUGGAUUUUAUUAUUGGUGGUGGGUUUAUGGAACAAGUGUAUUGUUACUUUUUAAGACGAAUGCUUGUUUUAACAUAUUUUUUAGUGUAUAUUUUCAGUUGGCAAAGAUUAUAUAACAAUUAGUGUGACCUUUGGCAUGUUA